AUGCAGCGAAUUUUACAGAAAACUCGUAGCUACUGCACAGUUCUAAAGGAAGUGAAAAAAAAUCAAAAAAUUGACAAACCGAAGGAAAAUAAGUUGAACUUUACGGAACUAAAAUAUCCAUCAAAAGUUCCAAGUAAACCAAUAAAACAAAGUUUUCCAACAGGUGAAAAACCUGUAAUAGACAACGCAACUAUACAACUCCUUGAGCGCCUUGCUUUGGUUAAUUUAGAAAGUAAGGAAGCUUUAAGUACAUUGGAAAAAAGUAUUGAAUUUGCGGAAAAAAUUUCACACAUCGACACAACCAACGUAUUGCCAUUAUAUACCGUUUUGGAGGAUCAAAACUUAUAUUUACGCGAAGAUUCCGUAACAGAGGGAAACUGCAGAGAAGAUAUCCUACGUGGUGCAAAAGUUACUGAGGAAGAUUAUUUUGUCUCUCCACCCGGCAAUAUUCCACUACAACAAAAAGAAAAGGAUUUUACUGAUAAUUAA